AUGGACAAUGGCUCUGGCAGCGACGAUGAGCUUCUCGUUCUUGAGGUACUUUAUUCGCUUUCCCGGACUUAUGAAUUUCUCAUCGUGAAACCAGAUUCAGCUGACCGGAACCCUCAGGUUCUGGAGAGCGUCAACCCCCUCUCCGCCGAGGUGUGGCCUGAAUGGAUAAACAAGGCUCAAGCUCAGGCCGAGGCCUCGCGCAUCCGGAAGGCUCCGGAACCGGCAGCCGAUGCUGGUGCCAGCGGCGCUCCCCCUGCCAAGCGGAUGAAGAAAGCCGCCCUCGGGCCCCUCGGGCAGAAGCCUAAAAACAGGAUCCCGACCUCCUCCGGAGCCGCCCUGGAACUUACCAGAACCGCAUCCGGAAUGAGGUCGGAGACCUCUGCUGAAGCCAGGAGAAUCUCUCCUCCUCCUCCUCCUCCUCAAAGUCCGGUACCUUCUGGUGCCGGCAAAUCUCCAUCCUCCCUUCGGAGAGGAACCACAAGUUCAGGGCACGCGGCCCCCAAAUCGCCCCAUCACCGCGCGGAGGAGAAACUCACCUCCCCUCCAGACCAACAAGACACGGGCGCCAGCCACACGGGCGCCGGUUUAGAAGAUGUCGGGCAGUCAGAACCUUUGGUUCCGCCCGUCCAGGAAAAGAAGAAGAAGAAGGCUACCGCCUCCCCCUCCAAAACCUCUGCAGGUAUGCCUCCUCCUGCCAGCCGCACAGCGGCGCCGACGUCUGCAGCUUCCGGCAAGGCUCCUACCUCGCCGCGCUAG